UACACAAAACCCUCCUCGACCUAUAUACUUUUACCGUCACACCAGGGUCUGUCUACAUUAAAAGAUGCAACUCGCUUCAUCGGAAGCCGAUCAUUUGGUCGAGCCCUAAGUUAUAAAAGCGACGCAAGUCGUUGUGAACAUUUGUGGCCGCUAUGCCUUCAGAUAUUGCUGCCAAAUACCCCAUUGGGAGCAAACCAGCAAUAUCUUUCGUACCGUACCUAAUAUUCUGCUCUUAUCUUGUCAGUCUUAUUGGAGCCUUCACAACCGUUGAGCUACUCAACCGAAGAGUAUCUGGAUCAGGGUGGAGAUCAUGGGUUCAAGUCGCUGGCUGCGCAGUUUCGUUCGGUCUAGUGGCUAUUUGGUGUAUGCACUUUGUAGGCAAUCGCGCCAUCGUGCUUGGGGAUGGAGAACAAGAGAUUCAACUCUAUUACAGCCUGACAUAUACGACAGUGUCUGCGGUUCUUCCUGUCGUCGUCAUCUUCAUAGGCCUGUUGGUCGCUGACCGUUUCUAUAAAGGAAGCAAGCGCCCGAUGACCCGUUUCGCUUCGCUUUUGAUGUGUGGAGUUUGCGCCGGAGCCGCCGUGACAGAAAUGCAUUACCUCGGAAACAACGGUACCACAAACUACCACCUACACCUGAGUUGGCCUCAUAUAGUCGGUGCUGCUGGGAUCGCGGUUGGCGCCUGCCUCCUAUCGUUCAGCCUGUUCUUCCACUGGAGUCAGCAUUGGAUGAACAACAUCUGGAGGCGUAUUGUGGUGGCCUUUUUCCUCGCUUUGGCCGUCUCGGGCAUGCACUGGACCGCUGCAGCAGGCACAUGGUACGAGAUCCGCGGCUACCAUGUGGGACCAGGACGGGAGAGAAACAUCAAUCUCAUCAUUUCCCUCUGUCUUUGCCUCAGUGCUUGCGUUGUGUGUUUCUUACUCGGGUUCCUCAAGCAACGCCAGCGAAGGUUGCUCAAGGAUCGCGCACAGCAGGUUGUGCUAGCAGUUGCCACUUUUGACGCAGAAGGAAGGCUUCUAGUGAGCCAGAGCGGAUUGAUGCCUUGCCAGACAAUCACUCAGCAAUUCCACCAAAGAACCUUUGAUGAUGACUUCAAUACCUCACAUCCAGUCUUCCAAUGGAUCUUUCGAGUAUCUCGUAACUGGUCUGGCAUCUUAGAUCUCAUCCCCUCGAUGCGAGAACACCUACAGAUGACCGGCUACCUUCAAGCCAACUCGCCAACGCAUGGAGGCAAUGAGCGAGUAUCCUCCAGUGAUGAUGACGACACGAGCUACUCUGCCACUUUCCGAGAGCUGUUCUGUGUCACAGCCCAUGAAAUUGCGAAGACCCUUGACACUAGUCUUCCAAACCUAGGAUGCCUAUACGAGGAGGUUUUGACGACGGGAACGCUGUUGAAUAGAAUCUUGUGGCAAAGCAGCUAUGGAAGCAAGACAAUCCUGGCGGCCGAUGUUGCAACCUCGACAAGGGACAUCGAAGCAGGCAUUAUAAGUCCUAUCUUGUUCGGCAAGGGCCAAAUGCUGGUACUUACCAAGCAGGUCGACACAGACGAAGCAAACAGACUACAGAACCUUGGGUAUGGCUUCGCAAGCAUUGACCAAGUUAGUGACCAACUUGCUCGAAGCCUCCAGAUCUCUCGUAAUGACCUAGAAGACUUGGUCAGCCGUUUGCAUUCAUUUAGCCGAAGAAAGGCGUGCAUUCCAGAGAUUGGUACCUACAUCGCAUCCUUCCUGAUUCAGCCGUCGCCCGCCAUGAAAGGUCUCGAAGUUAUUGUGCCCCGAGCUACCCCUGAUCGCCUGCCCAUGGUCAAGUUGAGCGACGAGGAGCUCGAUAGUCGACAGAUGAGCAUUAUCGCCUCAUUCAAUGGACUUUCCCUGGAGGACUGCCUAUUACGUACUAGCCAGCGAACCGGAACGAUGUCAGUCGAUGGUGACUUCCUAAAGAAAUUCCGCAAUAAGAUCUUCGAUCUCCUGCGAGACUGCCCUGAACAAACACUACGCCGCGCAAUCUUCUCCGCACGGCAGCUAGACGUCACACAUGGCAUGACCGGCCAACAGGAAUCCAGGCAAGCUACUGUCUUUGCGUUUUGUGGCAUUAGGGAGAUCUAUAUUCAGUCGCUGCAAGGCGUGACGCUGAAAACAAUCCCUUUAUCUUUCUUCCAAGCCUAUCUUAGGUCGUACCCAGGAUGUCCGGACCAUGCCAUUCUCGCGCAGAAGAACCAUAGAGAGUUCAGCAGUCUUCAACAAGUCCCGUCCAUCACCAAGCCACCGGCUACUCAUCCAAGUAACAAGUGGCUCAGGCGGCUGGGAGCGAAUAGGCUACCAUCUGUCGAUAUGACCUCGCGGGCGGACUCUUGUUCUGAGGAAGGCCUCGUUAAUGGCAUGGGCCAAACAGAGAUGACGACCCAUCCAUGGGGAGGUAUCAUGGUGACCUCGACUCAAGACGUUAUCAUUGACGAAACGAAGGACGGUUUUGAUAUGGAAAUGCAAGACUUAGGCGUGAAGGCCGAAGUGGGCAUUGCGGAAACAGAACAACAGACAAUGGCCGACAAGCUAAUGUCUAUCAUAACAGGAUUCCGCGAUCCUCACGCGACUCGAGCGCUGCCGAAAACUCUUUACUAUGGCAGCAGCCGGAGGUGAUAGCUUAACUCGGGUGCUAACCGUCUGUGUGAAUGUGUAUAUGUUUUCCUUUACGAACUUUAUUGCCGUUUUCUUUCCUUCGAGAUACUGUCGAAUACCCUCACAUUGCUCAUGCGGGAUGGGCUGGACUGGGCUGGACUGGGGGACAUUUGAUUGGAGCGCAUUCCGGACGGUUUGCUCGAAUGUACUAUAAUAUUAUAUUUAUGCUGUAUAAAGAUAAAAGUUAGUAAUGCGAA